UUUAAAGCCGAACCCUUUUCCUGGACGGCGUAAGGUCGCGCGCGAGCUCCCGCGACUGGGAGGAGCGUCUGUGUUAUUUGAUAACCACGUGACGUCGCGUACUCUGACUAGACGCACAACGCAGACCGAGGCAGGCAAACAUGGAGCCCAACGCUACCAUUCUGCGCGUCAAAAGAAAGCGGGGCACCGACCCCGCGGACGCCCUGCUCCUUGCCUGUAAGCGCAUCCGACCGGAGACGAGCCAGCCACCGGGCGAGACGACAGCGGAGCCCGGGGAGGUGGACGUGGAGAAGUCUGUGUUCAAGCUCGUGGCCACGGUAGCGACACAGGACUCUCCGGUGCAGACGGAGGUCCGCCAGGCGCUGGCACGGCCCCGCGUGGCCCACGCUCUGCGGCCCUCCUCCAACAGCUUCCAGCGCAUAUUCGGCGACCUGCGCAGCGCCAAGUUGGGCGUCCGGCGUGAGGAGCGCUACCGAAUCCUCUCCAGUCACCGUGGCGCCGCUGGUGUUGCGCCCCCAGCCCGCACGCAGAGGUGCCAGGGGGGUGAUGAAGACGAUGCGGCAACUGUGGAAGAGGAGGAGGAAGACUCGCGGAAACAGGACAAGUGUUUGGGUCUUGGGGAAGUCCAGGUGGUUGAUCUUCUGCAUGAAGAUCUACCAGAGCAGGACAAAUCUCUCGGCAAGAUGCAGUCGUCAGACACUGAUGUGAUUUUGUGCAACAACACCAAGAUGUUGCGAGAGCGCCUCUGCAUCAAUGACCAGCAGCAGCAACGCUGGCCACAUGACAAUGACGAAGACUAUGUGUACGACCUUUACUACCAGGAAACUGCCACGGCUGGAUGGAUCCAUGACAUCCUGUCCGUUAGCGCCUACGCAGAUCACCCACAACUGGUUCCUGAGGUGGAGGCUAACGAGGAGGUGUACGACGACGAGGAUGAUGAGAAUGAGGAAGACAACUGGAGGAAUGACUAUCCCGAAGAAGAGAGUGGCGACAGUGAAGACUGCGACAGAGAGGAACGCUACACACACGCCUGGGACGAGGACGAGAACGAAGACGCCUCUUACUGCCGCAGGAGCUGGCAUCGCUACCAGAGAGAUCAGCUGCAACAGCUCGGUCACCGUCAAGACUAUCAGCAGGGCCUCGAUGACGACGACACGGACAAAUACGACUCAGACUGACUCCCCAACUGCCAUCUUUACCCAGUUGACCUUUCUUCUAAUUUUUUAAAAGUACACGUGUGUAUGUUUUGGUAUGCUUUGUGCUGUUGGUGUGUGCAGUGUGUUCAGUUGCAUAUGUAUUCUAGAGUGUUUUGUAUACUGUGAAGUAUGCAGUUGUGUUGCAAGACUGACAGUUUGGGGUGGUUGGGAAUUUUGGCACCCCUGUGAAGUAUGCAGUUGUGUUGCAAGACUGACAGUUUGGGGUGGUUGGGAAUUUUGGCACCCCUUUUAAGUUGUGUUACGAUGGAAAGAAUCCUAGGUGGAUAUUUUUGUAAAUAUGUGUAUAACAGAUUUAAAAAUAAAUGUUUAAAGCACUCA